GCGAAUCAGCCCAGUUUCUGGUGUACCUAAAGAGAAAAUUAUCUCUUCAGGUCUACGAAUGCCAUCUCCAAAGAUUGGAUUCUUUGAUGAGAAGCCCACCUUUAGAUUUGGUAUGCAAGACAAUUUUAAGGAUCAGAGUCCUUUGUCGAAUGAAAGCAGACAAAACAAAUUAGUGUCCCCUAAUUUUUCUCCUUCUGUUUCCACCGAGAAUUGCUUAAGAGUUGGAAAAUUUCUCAGUAGUGAAAAUGUUGGAAGAGUUGGUGGGAACUGUAGCAAGUUGAAGGCAGAUAGGCAAAUACCCAAAGAGAUUUCAAGGAACAGAAAGAACAUGGAACAAAAGAGGCAGAAAGAAGACAUUGUGUUUGAUAUAAAGAAAAUGCAUGACAGUGAUCAAUGGGAGAACCAAAAGGAGAACGUGUGCAGCUUUGAAGAUCAAGUCAAUGGUAUAAGCAGGCAUCUGGAGGUCAUUGAUCUCAACAGAGAUCUGAUAGAGGUUAAAAGUCAACAGAGUUACGUUAAACCCAGUCAAACUUCUCUUCCUCCAACUGAUGAGUAUAUUACACCUUGCUCAAGACCCCCGUUGGCUGAAAAGGUCGUAGGUAACUGACUAAUACAAUCAUGCGCUGUUUGUGUACUUAUGGAUUUUAAUUCGUUAACUUUGUUAUGUUUGUAUCUUUAUUAUAGCAAAUAAUA